AUGACGUUACGACAAGCUUCACAAGCUCUCCUUAUCUUUCUAAUUGCUCUGCCAUCAGGAUGGGCCUUCAACUAUGAGAAUUUGCUAUAUAAGGUCCAUGUCUGUCCACAUAUGCCUCUUUGUCCUCCACCGAUGUGUGGGCCUGGAAUCAAGAUUCAUGAAUGCCACGGAAAAUAUAAGCAGUGCUCCCAAGACGAUUCCGGUUGCGAUUUUGCUCGCUGUAAGGCUGGUGACACUGGCUGCUACUUUUCCUGCGAAGAAGGAACAUGCCAGCAAGUUUAUAAGUGCGAGGAAGGAGACUGCUCUACGGCAUUUAGCUACGGAAAGUGCAACGACCCACGUUGCAACUACAUUUCUGUUUCUGGUACUAGCAGCAGCAGUGGCGGCAGCGGUAGUGGUAGUGGUAGCGGCUCUUCUGGUUCUGGUUCUGGAGGUGGCUCUAGUGGAUCUAGUUCCAGUUCGGGCAGUUCUGGCAGCGGUACUAGUAGUGUGGUUUCUCAGGCCGCAAGCUCUGGGAGUGCUACCACCACUAGUGAGUCCAGCACGGCCAAGACCUGGUUCACUGUGAUUUCGCUUGUCGCCGUGGCUCUUGUGGCUGCUGUGAUUUUGGCCAAUGUUAUGCUUCAUCGAAAGAGCAAAAAGAAGCCAGAUCAUGCUCUGACUGGAUCUUUGGAUAGGAGAAUGCGACUAUUCACACGAGGUGUUCCUAACUUUUCGAAAAAAAAGCCAGUCGAUGCUUCCUCCUAUCAAUUGGAGCAAGAUGACCAAGUUGUCUAA